AAUCUCCCUGGAUUCAAAUUAAAGCGCACCGAUCCCCUCCUGCUGUGCUGUGCCCACAAGCCAUAAAGAUCCUUCAAUUACAUUUCCGUCCUGCCAAUCCAUUAUUAUUGGAGUAUUACUCUACUAUUGCGAGAUCCAAAGUAUAGGACCCAUCCAAUCCAAAACCCCAUCUAUUUCCAUCCUCCAAAUCCAGUCAUCCUCCUCUUUGCCUCUCUCUCUCUCUCUCUCUCUCUCUCUCUCUCUCUCUCUCUCUCUCUCUCUCUCUGUGUUUUCUAGGCUUCUAGCAACAUAACAUCUCACUCCCCUCUCUCUACUUCCACUAUGCAUCCUCCUAUGAGAAAAAGAACCAAAAUCUUGCUUUCUCUAUUACCCAUUUCAGCAUUAGUCUUAUUAGUCACACUCUCCUCUCUGACCACUAUUGUGGCGAAACACCCAAAAAACAGAGAGACCCCUCACAUUCACAUCCAAAAGAAACUCCAAAUCGCUCACACAGCAUGCGAGGGCACACUAUACCCACAGCUCUGCGUCUCCACCCUAUCCACAUUCCCAGAUCUCCAAUCCAAAUCACUCCCCCAAAUCCUCGCCGCCGCCGUAAACCACACGGUGACAGAGGUGAGACGCUCCGAAUCGAACUGCACCGGAAUUCGGAAGAAAACCGCUCAUCUGGCCCCACUCGACAAGCGAGCCCUCGACGACUGUCUCGAGCUGUUAGACGACACCAUCUUGGAGCUCAGGACCGCGUUACGUGAUCUCCACACGAAUAAGUCGGCGAACAAGCACUACAACGACUUGCAAACGCUGAUGAGCGGCGCGAUGACGAAUCAGGCUACUUGUCUCGACGGCUUCGCGUACAGCAAGUCGAAUAUACGGCCGUUCAUUGAGGGUAGAUUGGAAAAAAUCUCCCAUCACGUGAGCAACACUCUCGCGAUGCUCAAGAAAAUUGAGGGACCGAAAAAGACGUCGCCUGAAGCAGAGGUGUUCCCGGAGUACGGGAAAAUGAAGGGAGGAUAUCCGAGUUGGCUGUCCAAGAAGGAUCGGCGACUGCUGCAGUCGUCGGUGGGGGAGAUAGACUACGACUUGGUGGUGGCAAAGGACGGGAGUGGGAAUUUCACGACGAUUGGGGCGGCGGUGGAGGCGGCACCGAACUCGAGCGCGACGAGGUUCGUGAUAUAUAUAAAGGGUGGAGCGUAUUACGAGUAUGUGGAGGUGAUUAGCAAGAAAACGAUGUUGAUGUUCGUUGGAGAUGGAAUCGGGAAGACGCUGAUCAAGGGAAAUCGGAGCGUUGUUGAUGGGUGGACUACUUUCCGUUCUUCCACUGUCGCUGUGGUAGGGAACGGAUUCAUAGCCCGAGGCAUCACCUUCGAGAACUACGCCGGGCCCAGCAAGCACCAAGCCGUGGCCCUCCGCAGCGGCUCCGACCUCUCCGCCUUCUACAACUGCAGCUUCGUCGCCUACCAAGACACCCUCUACGUCCACUCCCUCCGCCAGUUCUACCGCGACUGCGACGUCUACGGCACCAUCGACUUCAUCUUCGGCAACGCCGCCGUCGUCCUCCAAAACUGCAACCUCUACGCCCGCAAACCCAACGAGAAUCAGAAGAACAUCUAUACCGCCCAGGGCAGAGAGGACCCGUUUCAGAACACCGGUAUAUCGAUCUUGAGAUGCAAGGUGGCGGCCGCGGCCGACUUGAUUCCGGUCCAGUCGGAGUUCAAGACCUACUUGGGCCGACCGUGGAAAGAGUACUCGAGGACCAUUUUUAUGCUUUCUUAUAUAGGGGAUUUGGUGGACCCGGCCGGGUGGUUGGAGUGGUCCGGGGAUUUCGCGCUGUCGACGCUUUACUACAGGGAGUAUAUGAACCGGGGCCCCGGUUCGAACACGAGCGGAAGGGUGACGUGGCCGGGGUACGCAGUGACGACUAAUGUGACUGAGGCGAGUAUGUUCACUGUGGGGAAUUUUAUUGAGGGAGGUGAGUGGUUGCCUUCCUAUAAUAUUCCUUAUUAUCUCAAUUUGACUGAGAGUUAAGAGUUUAUUCACAGAAUGUUAGUGCUUUUUUCUUGAUGUAUUUGGUGAUUGUAAUAUUGUUGAAUAGCGGCCAUUGAUGGAAGUAAAUGUAUUUCAUCAAGGAAGAGGAUUGGAGCCAGUGUUGACGAAUUGUUUAUUCCUCUUUGGAAGGAUUUGAGAUUCAUAAAUAAGAGCUCUCGAUUUUAGA